GAGGAGCCCAGGUCCCAGCUCAGAUCCAGUCCUGUGAUGCCUGGCAGUAGCUGAGCCGUCCUGUGAAGACUCUGCUCCUCCAGGUCUCCAGGAAGGGUGCUCCUGUCUCCUGACCCUUGCUCUCCUUUCUCUACUCUCCCCUGCUCUGCCUUUCCACCUGCGGGCCAGCCAGGAAGGCAGAGGUUCCUUGCCAGGCUGCCCUUCUCUUCUGAUUGGUCUGCAGGCCUCUGCAGAUUCUCUGUCAAACUCAUUCUCUACCUUUCCAGGGUGUGCCUUGCUUGGCCACCCAGGCCCCUUAGGAAUACAUGGUAAGGCUGUAAUAGAAACAGUCCUUUUUCUGGCAGAGACCAUGGCUGAUUAACUCAAAUACUAACUUGUCAUAAAAAUUCAAUUUUUAACUUUUCAUAGAGCCAUGUAACUUUAUAAAAUGUCUUAUAGCUAUAUGUGUGUACACCUUAUAACACAUCAGUGGAAUGGCAGAAAUAUUUUUCACCUAGCAUUUUCUAUCCCAUUUUUUGCCUUACCCAUUCUCUUCCUACCAGCACACAUUGCUGAGGGGCAGAGGAUAAGAAGAACCCAUAGGCCCCUGAUCUUCAGGGUUCUUUUCCAGUGACCUCUGGUUGUGGCCCCAGAAAGACUGGGAGGCGUGCGCCAGACCCCACUGAUUUUGUGACCUGCCAAGAGAGGCAGGGGCCAUUCAGGUCAUGCUGUCUGCAUAGUCACUGUCACAAUGCUGGGACCCAAGGGGCAGAUUAGCUGUUUGGAUUUUCAAAGCUGUAUUGAGUGCCAGGAGCCCAGAGGCAGCUGGACUGAGGUCUAAGUGAUUUCAGGGAUUGAUUGUACACGGAUGGUCAUGUGGUUCUUAAAUGAGGGUGUGUGGCCAAGUCAUCUGGAGCCCCAGGCUAGUGGCAAAGAGGUCCUUGGCCACCUCAUUUUUUUUUUUUUUAUCAAGUUCUGUAAUGCCCACACAAGAAAACUUGAUCCUGAAUGCUGGGGGACACAGGAGCUGUUAUGUGUGCUGAGGGAGGCUGAGAAGCCUUCCCCAGAACCCCGGCACAUGGCGACCUGUGGGAUCAAAUAGUUGUCUGCAUUCAGCUUGUAGGACAUGGUCUUGUCCCCAGGAGCCCCAGACCAGUGGCCUCACCUUUGCUUCUUUAUCUGUUCAGCCCCUGUGUAGCCCUGAGCUCUUGGCAGCUCUUCCAUCUGUUUUUGUUGGCUAUGACCCUGCAGUUGGACUUGGGGACCGCGGGCAAGGUCCAGGGAAAAGCUGUGCGACGGAGGACCACCUGGAGGCCGGUGCCCCUCAAGCAGAGGGGGAAAAGCUCGGUCCCCACCUCGUGCGGUGACACUGGCUGGUGCUGCAGUGAGCUGCGGGACAGGGCACAAGUCAUUUGUCACUCGGGUUCUCCGGUAUGCACAGCCUUCCCUGCAGAGUUUGCCAAGUAUGGCCACGUCAAGAUGCACCACGGCUACACUAAUGUGGUGGGGCUGGGGGACUCCAGCACAUGGAAGCUGCCUUGCCUCAACCGCUACAUCUACAUGUUCUUUGCACCCUUCUUAAUCCCCAUUCUAACCCCUCUGGUGGCUCUUGAGCAUCUGAGGAAGGUGGAGCUGAGGUCAGCCCUGCAGACACUGGGCCUGAUUUCCCUGGGCCUCUAUUCCCACUACUGGCUGCUCCUCAACGUGUCAGGCUUCAGGAGCCCCAGCUCAGCCCUGGCCUGCAUGCUGCUCACCAGGUCUCUGCUGGCCCACCCCUACAUCCACGUCAACAUCUUCCAGCACAUUGGGCUCCCCAUGUUCUCCCCCGACAAGAAGCCCCGGCGGAUUCACAUGAUGAGCCUGGGUGUGCUUAACCUGCCCCGGCUGCCGGUGCUGGACUGGGCAUUCGGCCACUCACUCAUCAGCUGCCAUGUGGAGCACCACCUCUUCCCCACACUCUCGGACAACAUGUGCCUGAAGGUGAAGCCCGUGGUGUCCAAGUUCCUCCACGAGAAGCAGCUGCCAUACAAUGAGGACUCAUACCUGGCUCGCUUCUGGCUGUUCUUCGAUCGCUAUGAGGAGUUCAUGGUGCAGGCCCCGCCGAUCACGGAGCUGGUGGGGCUGCAGUGAGGGCCAGGCUCCAGUCCUGGCCCAGCCCUGGCUCUGCUGCUGCUCCUGGCCCCAGGGGUGUGAUGCAGUGGAGGGUCAUGGACCUGGAGCACAGAGGCCUUGGACUGGCAGUGAGAAGGGCCAGCUUGUGCUGUUUGCUCUUCUGGGAUUCAGGGAGUGCCUGGGGGAAGGGAAUAUGGUGGCUGAGCAACAUGGCUCCAUCUUGGAGUCCCUAUCCCUGCCCAUCUGAGCCCGUGGAGGGUUGGAGGUGGGUGACAGAAGGUGAGGCAGCAUCUUGUUUGUGCCCCGGCCACCUGGGAGAUGGGAGGAGGCACACACAGGAGUGUCAGCCCCUCGAGCUGGGGCCUUCCUAGUGCCUGGAGAAUGGCACACUGGCUUGGCCACUGUUGCUUCUGCACUGUUUGAGGCCCUGUCCCCCAACAUCCCUCUCCCCAGGUACACAGGACCAGUCACCUUUGGCAGACCGCCCAAGUUCCUCAGCCAGAGCAACUUUCUAAGGCCCAUGGUCUCAGCGAGAUAAAAGUAUGGAAGUAAAAGGAGAUAAUACUUCAGGGACAGAGCUGGGGAAAGAGUAUACAUAGCUUUCAGCUUGACCUUGGCUAGUUCUAGAAAAGUGCUUUGUUCCAUGUUAUUCAGAAGCAGUGAACCAGAGAGAGAAAAUUACUGGGCAGUAGCUGGGGUUGGAGAGGGUUAUGGGAACCAGGUCUGCAGCACAGAUUAAUUUAAGAGAAAGAAAAGGGCCAGGGAUUUGGCUCAAUGGUUCUGCCACCUGCCUUGCAAGUGCAAGGACCCAAGUUUGAUCCCCGGUGCCAAAAAAAAGAGAGAAAGAAAAGCUUGAAGUCAAGGGCAACUUGGCAGUGCAAGUCCAUAGCCUGGGUGUGAGGUGGGGAUAUAAGGGAGCUACUGAUGCCAAGGUGUGGGGGCACCAGAGAUAGAGCCCAAGGUAGGCAGAGUUGAAAGGCUGGGACUGAGAGUGCAAGGAAGUUCCUAGGUGAAGGCUAAGGAAGGGGCAGAGGAGGAGGCAAAGCCUGGGAUAGGAGGCCAGAGGAGUUAUGAUCGGAUUUCUCACCUGUCACUAUUGGUACUUUAUCUGGAUAACCUUUUGUUGCUGUCUUGUGCAGCACAGGAUGUUUAGCCAUGCUCCUGGCUUCUAUCUACUAGAUAGAUGCUAGGAGUCCAAGUUAUGACAAUCAAAAAUGUCCCCAGACAUAGGUCGAUGUCCCUGGGGGGGGGUCAAAAAUCAUCCCUGGUUGAGAACAUACAAGUCAUUUUGGGGGGCCCAUUGUUGCCUGGCUUUUCAGUUAAGGCCAUGGAUACCGUAAAGGGCACAAUGACCUUGAUGAAGGGAAGCUAAAUGCCAGCAAACGGGAGCCCUUGAAAUGGGUGAAGGAGGUGGACAAGAAGUAGCC